GUUUUUGGUAGCGACCUGACCUGAGCUGAGCGACCAUGCUACCAUGCAGCGACUAGCGCGACUGCAUACAGCGUAUGCUCCUCUCCUCUUUGGCGACAUUGUCGUUCGUUUGGCGUACUCAUUGGUCGUUCAUUAUUUUAUUAAUCGCUGUUAAAAUUGUGGUAAUAUCGCUAGAAUCGAGCAUUUGAUAUACUUAAUAUUUACGCGGGCGGUGUGCGAGAUGGAGGGGAUUGCGGACGGCGACCUGGCGCGCGUGAAACAGGAGCCCGAGUCGGUUCCUGAUCCUGAUCCUGAUCCUGACCGCGUAACUGUUAAGGAGGAACAAGAAUUCGUGGAUGAAGAUGAGUGUGUCAAGGAGGAGUGCACGGACUCGGGCAGCACUGCCGGGUGCGGCGUGAGCGAGGCAGCCAUGCUGGCCGGCCUGUACAACGAGCAUGAGGUGAAGGACGAGCUCGUGCUGGGGCCGGAGCGCCCGCACCGCCCCACAGUCGGCCUGGUACUGAGAGAACCUGGUCGCCUCUCCUCUGCUGCGGAGUCGGGCCGGCGCCGCUCGUGCACGGUCCGGCUGGAGCGCGUGCUCGUGGACGCGGCGCGGCACUGUUGCCGGGUCGGGCGCCGCACGUACAAGCUGCACGCACACGCACACGCACACGCACACACCGCCGAGCCCGCACACAUUGAUUUAGAUCGUCAACAAAUGUCACAAAAGGAUAGGAAACCUUAUAAAUGUAACACUUGUGUAUACAGUAGUAGUAGGAAAGGAGAUUUACGGAAUCAUCAGAUGAUACACACCGAUGAAAAACCGUUCAAGUGUAGGUAUUGCGAGUACAGGUGCCGUUGUAGACGAAACUUACAAAGGCACGAGAUGACACACUCUGAUAAUAAACCAUUUAAAUGUAGCUCCUGCGAUUAUCGGAGCAUUUUAAAAUCUCAUUUACGAAGGCACCUCAUGAUCCAUACUGGUGAAAAGCCCUUCAAGUGUCGGUACUGUGAAUACAGGAGCGGUCAAAGAGGAACCUUACAAAGACACGAGAUGAUACACACCGGUGAUGUGCUGUUUAAAUGUAACGACUGUGAGUACAAGUGUACGCGGAAAUCAGCCUUAGUUAUUCACCUGAUGAUUCACACUGGCGAGAAGCCUUACAAGUGUCGGUACUGUGACUACAGGUGCCGUCGUAGAGACACCUUACGAACUCACGAGAUGAUACACACCGGUGACGCGCUAUUUAAAUGUAACGACUGUGAGUACAAGUGUACACAUAAAUCAGCCUUAGUUAUUCACCUGAUGAUUCACACUGGCGAGAAGCCUUACAAGUGUCGGUACUGUGAACACACGAGCCGUCGUAAACAAAACUUACGAGCUCAUGAAAUGAUACACACUCGUGAUGGACCUUUUAAGAGGCCGUAGUCGAUUUUGGAGCAAAAAUGAAAAAUUGAUAGAUUUAGUCGUUGAAAUUAUACACGUUUUGUUACGUUAUAUCUAAAUAACAAGUAUUGAUUUCUAUUAGCACGUCUUCUCAUCUUGCCUUUAAAUAAUGAGGUCGCGAGCGUGCGUCAUCGGUAAUGCAUGAAGAGAAGGGGCAGUUUUUAAAAAUUCAUCAAAAAAUCACGGUGGUAAAUUAUACAAAUUGAUGUAUAAGUAUAGUUUCAGCAAAUGUUGUAGAUUGUUUAAGUAUCAAAAUUACGUUGAAAUUAUGUCGAUUUUUAUAGAAAUUGUCACUUGUUUUAAAGUAAUUUCUGGAGAAAAUUGAUUUCGUCUAACUUUCAUUUACACUACUUCAAAGUCAUAAUAAUAAAAAUGUAGUCUGAUAAACGUCAAGUACAGGAUAUGUGUAAUACAAAAUUGCCAUGUUUAGCCGUCCAAACAUUACGAAAUUUACAAAUAAGAGCGACAAAAUCAGUGAUUUACGCGCGUUUACCUAAACGUCCAUCAGAAAAGCAAACAUUACUAAUUUAGUGAGUCUGUUUUCAAAAAACUGAUCUGAUAAAAGGUAAGAUAAGAAGACGUGCUAAUAGAAACCAGUACUUGUUAUUUCAACUAGGUAACAAAAGGUGUAAAAUUUCACGGACUAAAUCUAUCAAUUUUACAUUUUUGCGACUAAAAUCAACACCGGCCUCUUAAAUGUAACUACUGCCGUUACAAGUGCAAUCGGAAAAUUACUUGACGGGCUCAUGAGAGGAUACAUACAGGUGACACCUCCUUCAAAUGUAACGACUGUGGUUACAAGUGCAAGAAGAAAGCAAACUUAUUGGCUCACCUUAUGAUUCACACUGGCGAGAAGCCUUUCAAGUGUGGGUACUAUGACUACAGGUCGCGUCUUAGAGGAAACUUGCGGGCUCACGAGAUGAAACACACUGGAAAAAAGCCCUUUGUUUGUAGUAACUGUGACUACAAGAGCAAUAGCAAAGGAAACCUACGAUGUCAUCAAAUGAUACACACUGGGCAGAAGCCUUUUGCCUGUAGUAACUGUGACUACUAGUGCAAAAGAAAAUCAGAACUACGAAGUCAUCAAAUGAUACACACUGGGCAGAAGCCUUUUGCCUGUAGUAACUGUGACUACCAGUGCAAAAGAAAAUCAGAACUACGAAGUCAUCAAAUGAUACACACUGGGCAGAAGCCUUUUGCCUGUAGUAACUGUGACUACCAGUGCAAAACAAAAUCAGAACUACGAAGUCAUCAAAUGAUACACACUGGGCAGAAGCCUUUUGCCUGGUAGUAACUGUGACUACCAGUGCAAAACAAAAUCAGAACUACGAAGUCAUCAAAUGAUACACACUGGGCAGAAGCCUUUUGCCUGGUAGUAACUGUGACUACCAGUGCAAAACAAAAUCAGAACUACGAAGUCAUCAAAUGAUACACACUGGGCAGAAGCCUUUUGCCUGUAGUAACUGUGACUACCAGUGCAAAACAAAAUCAGAACUACUAAGUCAUCAAAUGAUACACACUGGGCAGAAGCCUUUUGCCUCUAGUAACUGUGACUACCAGUGCAAAAGA